AGCUUGGUCUUCAGUCUGAAAGGAAAAUUCGUGUGAAAAGGAUCCUCCGCCGUCUCCUUUGUGCAUAUUUUUAGCCAGCCUAUAUAUUACCAGCAAGGAGUAUCUCUCAGCUAGGUAGCAAACAUAGCAGUGCAGAGAACUUUGUUAUUUUCCUCAAUUGUGCAAUUUUCACCAGAUUUUCUUUGCGCUCCCCGCCAAGAAAGUCUCAUUAUAGUGUGCAAUUUUCAAUCGAUUACCUGAUUUGGAAUAUCCGAAAAUUGCUGUGAAGAACUGUUCCUUUCGGACUCAUUGAUAAAGUGAACGAAAUUAAGAUCUACUACCAAUAGUUUUUCUUUUCAUAACUGAAAAAGAAAAGCUUCUAUAAAAACUACAAACAAACAAAACCCAACAAGUUUUAAUAGCGUGUGCAAAGUUUUAACCUUCGAAUACAAUUUGUGAAAAAUUUUCUAUUAACAAACAAGAGGAGAAAACUCAUCCCACAGUGUGAAAAACAAAUCCUAACGCGAAGAAAAAAGAGUAAUCCUCUCAACUUUACCCUCGCGUUCGCGCAAAGUUCGCUUAAAUGAGUGAUACAAAUCAGAAAUGUUUUGGCAAAACUGGUGGAUUCUCUAUAAAGUUUAAUCAAGACUAUACAUCACUUUCUGUCGUAUCCAAGCAGGGAUACCGGUUGUUUUCGCUUUCAUCCGUUGAUCGUGUCGACGAAAUUUUCUGUAGCCAUGACGAGGACACAAGGAUCGCUGAGAGACUGUUCAGCAGCAGCCUGGUCGCGGUCGUUACCGCAAGUGAGCCGCACAAACUUAAGGUGUGUCACUUUAAGAAAGGGACGGAGAUCUGCAACUACAGCUACCCGUCGGAUAUCCUGUCGGUGAAAUUGAACCGAUCCAGGCUGGUUGUAUGCCUAGUGGACAGUAUUUAUAUUCAUAAUAUCCGUGAUAUGAGACUGCUACAUUCCAUCAAGAACAUGUCGAACAAUCCGGCCGGUUUGUGUACGCUGUCGCUCUCGUCGCAUCUGGCGUACCCGAUCUCCACAACGGCCGGCGAGUUGCAAAUCUUCGAUGCCGGGAAUUUGACCUCUCGGUUGAAGGUUAAGGCUCAUGAUUCUCCACUGUCGGCAAUGAACUUCUCCUUCAACGGGACGCUGCUGGCAACGGCCUCGGAAAAAGGAACCGUAAUUCGCGUGUUCUGCGUGAAGAAUGGCCAAAAGGUGCACGAAUUCCGGCGUGGAUUGAAGCGCCACGUCAGUAUCGGAUCGCUGAACUUCAGCAUCUGUGCGAGCUACGUGGUCGCCAGUUCCAACACGGAAACCGUGCAUAUCUUCAGAAUUGAUCCGAAAUCGAUCGAACAGGCGGAACGCCGUAACUGCAUCGACAACGGAUCAACCACGAGCAAUAAUAACGAAGGUGAAACCGACGGUGGUGAUGGCGACAAAUCGGAAGAUGCCUCAAACAUUGGCUGGGGAAUGAGUUUCAUCACUAAAGCCGUCACGGCGUACUUCCCAACGAACGUGGUUACGGAUGUAUUCUCGCAGGAUCGAGCUUACGCAACGGUACAGCUGGCCGAAGCAGGACUUCGCUACGAAUGCGUAAUCGCCAAGGUGGAGAAGGAAACGCGUCUGCUGUUGGCAUGUGAGGAUGGGUUCCUCUACAUGUACGAUUUCGACGACUCGAAGGGUGGCGAAUGUAAGCUGAUCCGGGCGCACGAUCUACGCUUGCCGCUGCAUGACAUCACCGAAGUUGACAUCGGUGGAAACGAAAACGACACCUCGGUGCUGAACGUGAAGCUGACGGCAUCGAUGAUGCCCGCUCCGGGUACAUACGCCGGGGUCCUUAAAGGACGCCCCGGAGACAAGAUGUCCGCAGACUCGGACCGCUGCCGGGAUUUGUGCGAAGCCGUCGAGUAUCCGAUUAAAAGCACGAUUCCGCUGUUCGACGAAAUUCAGUUCCCACCCGUAACCCCAAUCACCGUCGAAUGACUAUCGAGCGACGUCAAGACGCCCAAAAUCAGUUCCAUCGGCAAUGGAGGCCGGAAGCGUCACGGUAAACACUAGACAGUUUUCUUCCGGUAACCGACAUUUCCGACAGAACGAGAGAAAAUCAAUCGUGUGGAAUAUAUGGACAAAUUAUGUGUGGACCCCGUUCAUCUUCCAGUCCAGCAGAGUCCAGUUUCGUGUUUUUUAUUAUUUUAUUUUUCGCUUGUUCGACAUACCUAAAGUUUUGCAGAUGUGUAUCUCUCUGUUAUUAGUGUUUCACGAUCAUACUUUUUGUCUGUUAAGAUAUGGUUUAUCUUAUGUCUGCUAGUUUUAAGUCUUUCUCUUGAUAAUAAAUUUACCUGUUUCCGAUUUUAAACUAAACUAAAACAUCAUGAGUGCAAACGUAGAUUUCCAACGUGAUCAGUAUAGAUUGCCGAAUGCAUUUUAUCCAAAUUUUACCUCUCCCCUUUUUGGCUACGCUUCACCAGCGGUUUCUGACAGUGUCGUCUCUCAACACUGUCGGAUACCAAUCGAAAACUACAGUCACCCAAGGCGAGUCAAAAUAACAUCCAGUUUGAUAACCGCACUAACGCCUUUUCCUAAAAGGAUUUAUAUUUUUUUUUGUAACUUUCCUUUUAUAACGAAAUAUGCCCGGAGGGUAGAAAAAUAAAAUGACCUACAAAAAAGGUUACAGGAAAUGUUUUAGCUACUGCCAUAGAGAAACUUUGAAGCAGCAAGCUUGUAGCUAUUUACGAAAAACCCGAAAAAGAUACCAAAAACAGUAUAAAACUUUAUGUAAAAAACUACAAAAAUACUCAUUGUUAAGUUAAACCUAAGUUUCAAAUGUAAAAUAUACGGAGAGAUAAAAAAUAUAUUUUCUUAUUUAUUAUUUGUAUGAAGUUGUAUAUACCUGAUGUUUAUUUGCCUUUCGUAUGACACAGAUAGUUUGCUUAAUACUUUUACCUGACAUAUUAUUUAAAACUACCCCUGAGUGACACCUAUUAAAGCCCACAUUAAAGAACAAAGAUGAACACAAAUUAAAUCUGGACAACGUACCUAGAUAUCUGAAGAAGGAUAAAUGGCAAUCCAUCCCAAUGUAAGCAAAAACUAGAAAACAACCAAACCGAACACACAAAGUAAAACACUUAAUUACAUGUAAUCUAAAUCAUUUACAGAAGUAUGAACAACCGACAGAAAAAAACACAAAUACGAAAUAAUUUAGCGGUCAGUCAGUAGUGGCUUAGUAGAACUAUUUCUUCUUUUUAAAUCUGAUAGUAGAAAUGAGUAAAAAUAAGGUCCAAUUAAUGUCCUCUGCAAUACGACACACUUCAACAAAAAACAAAUACGCCCACGUGCUUAUCACAAAUCACACUGUUCAAACGGUGCAAAUCUCUUGUACGCGAUCAGUCGAAAAACAAACAACAAUGGCAAAACCCACAUUUUCCCUGUUGCAAGUGCAAAAGGAACGAGCGGUUGGAGGAACCUGACAGGCAGGAAACCAAUAAAAGAAUAAUCAAAUCAUGCUUCAUUUGGUAUUCCAUAGGAAAAAGUCGAGAGAAUACACCCACUAAGAGGUAAAAUGACUACUGUCUACAACAAAUAUAUUACAGCGUAAAGUAAAAUAAAAAGAAAACAAAAAAAAAACACUGACAAGUAACCGUUUCAACGUGUAUAGAAAACGAUACAGAGCAUGUAUUUUCAGAGUUUCCGUAAAAGAAAAAAAAUAAAACAUUGACAAAAAAAACAAAAGUUUAUGAAAUAAAUUCGUAUACCUGAAA